AUGACUGGCUGGCUGAUCUCUCUGACAAGUAUCAAAAUACUACUUUUGGCAGGUUUGGAGCUGGGUCUCCUUCAACCUGCCAACGGCUCUCAGCUGGAGAUCCACCUGGUGAAUGUGGCCCUGCCCAGGCUGCCCAGCAUCCCCUGUGACGUCUCUCCUCUCUUCCUGGAUGUCCCAGCCGUGAUGUGCAGGACCAGAUCUCUGCCAUCUGAAGCACAGGAGGGUGUGUACUCCCUGGAAGUGCAGGCUGGCGGACAGGUGGUAGGCAGUCCACAUCCAGGACCACAAGACAGCUGCACUUUCAAGUUUUCCAGGGCACAGACACCAAUUGUUUACCGAGUUAAUCCACCCAGUGGAGUUCCAGGAAAGCUAAUACAUGUGUAUGGCUGGAUUAUCACCGGAAGGUCGGAAACCUUUGAUUUUAAUGCUGAGUACAUUGAUAGUCCACUGAUUUUGGAAGCUCAGGGAGACAAAUGGGUCACUCCUUGCUCUCUUGUGAACAGACAGACAGGAUCCCGCUAUCCUAUUCAGGAAGACCAUGGUCUUGGGACUCUGCAGUGUCGUGUGGAAGGCAACUACAUUGGCUCCCAGAAUGUUAGUUUCUCAGUAUUUAACAAAGGAAAGUCAGUGAUACACAAGGAUGCAUGGCUGGUCAGUGCUAAGCAAGACCUUUUUCUGUACCAGACGUACUCAGAGAUACUGUCUGUGUUUCCAGAAACCGGGAGCCUUGGGGGAAGAACAGACAUCACAAUUACAGGAGACUUCUUUGACAACCCUGCCCAGGUUACCAUUGCAGGCAUUCCGUGUGAUAUUAGACAUGUGUCUCCCAGGAGGAUUGAGUGUACCACCAGGGCCCCGGAUAAAGGUGCAAGGCUCUCUGCUCCUCAGGCAGGCAAUCGAGGGCUUCUCUUUGAAGUUGGAGAGGCUUCUGAGGACUUGGACCUGACUGAAGCCACCCCUGGUUACAGUUGGCAGAUCGUCCCUAAUGCCAGUUCUCCAUCUGGAUUUUGGUCAAAGGAAGGGCAACCUUUCAGAGCACGGCUCAGUGGGUUCUUUGUGGCCCCAGAGACAAAUAAUUACACUUUCUGGAUCCAGGCUGACAACCGGGCUUCUCUGUAUUUCAGUUGGUUGGAGGACCUGAGGACCAAGGUGAAAGUGGCCUCUAUCAGGGUGGGCACUGCCGACUGGUUUGACUCCUGGGAGCAGAAUGGGAGUGACAAGACCCAGCAACAGAAGACCCCCAAGCUGGAGCUGCUCCGGGGAGCCAGGUACUACCUGGAAGCAGAGCAUCAGGGGAGAGCCCCCAGCAGCGGGGUGAGAAUUGGUGUCCAGAUCCACAACACCUGGCUGAAUCCUGACGUGGUCAGCACAUACCUCCGGGAGAAGCAUCAGAUCCGAGCUUGGGCCCAGAGACUUCCGGAAAUCCAGAUGCUGACUGUGUCUGGCACAGGGAACUUCUUCCUUACCUGGGACAAUGUUUCUAGUCAGCCAAUCCCUGCAAAUGCCACAGCCCAUCAGAUUCAAAUAGCCAUUGAGGAGUUACUUGCAGUCAAAUGCAAACUGGAACCCCUUUCAGCAAACAUCUUACUCUGGCUGGGAUUUGAACAAGGGCUAGAAGGUUCCAGCUCUGACGGGCACCUCACCAGUGGGACAGAGCCCUUCUGUGGGAGGUUCAGUCUCCAUCAGCCUCGACACCUUGUCCUGACACCUCCAACUGCUCAGAAAGUCUACCGGCUAGAUCAGUACACACAUUUGUGCCUUGCGUACAGAGGCUAUGAGAAUACGACCCUGGAGAUGACUGUGUCCUUCACAGUCAGCCUUCAAAACCCUGUUAAGAACAUCACGUGUAACUGGAGUCUUCUGGAGACCAGUCCUAGCUGGCAGUUCACCUGCACCGACCUCUGGAAGACGUGUGUGCAUCACUCCUCGCAUCUCCAGCUGCCUCCUGCAAAUUCCCCAGUGCUGGUUCAUCAGAUUGACCUCCUCCCUCUGUCUCCAGAGAUGGGCAUGUUCUAUGUGGAUGAGAUUAUUAUUGCAGACACAAACCUAACAGUUUCUCAGGCAGACACCGGUACAGCUCGCCCUGGCGGGAAUCUGCUGGAAUUGCUCUUGGUGGUAGGAUCACCUCCCGUCUACAACGUGACCUCCUGGUUGGCAGGGUGUGGCCUGGAGCUCCCGCUCAUCACUGCAAGCGCUGUGCCCGAAGGAGCAGAGGAAGGAUCCGGGUUGGUCCAGGUGGCAACACAGAGACUGCAGAGGACAAGUCCACCUUUAGGAGGACACUUUCGCAUCCAACUUUCUAACACAGCGAUUCCUGGUGUCCCUGUGCACAUCUCAGCCAGUCACCUCCAAAAGCUCUUACAAACCAGCGCUGAUGACUUCACAUCCAGGUACCUCAGUGUCAGUGACUUCACUGUGACGGAGGAUCUAAAGUCAUGCUAUGAACAUGUGUGGACCCUCUCCUGGUCCAGCCAGGUUGGGGACUUGCCCAACUUCAUCAAGGUAUCUAAUGAAAACCUCACCGGAGUGAACCCUGCUGUGACCACACGUGUGGUGUAUGAUGGUGGAGUCUUCCUUGGACCCAUAUUUGGAGACAUGUUGGCCACUGCCAACCAAUACACUCAGGUGGUUGUGCGAGUAAAUGACAUACCAGCUUAUUGCUCAGGUUCCUGUGCCUUCCGGUACCUUGACGGGUCAACUCCCCAGGUCCACUCUGUGUGGUAUGCCCUCGAUGACAUUUACCUACUGGUUUAUAUUACCGGAACUAGUUUCUCUGGUGAAUACGAGGCCCUGCAGGUUACAGUGAACAAAACGAGUUGCAAAGUAAUUUUCUCAAACCAAACAAAUGUGGUGUGUCAGACAAGCCUGCUGCCUGUUGGAGUGCAUCGGAUCUCGAUGUUGGUGAGACCCGCUGGUCUUGCCAUCAAUGCCAGUGGAGGAGGCCUCUUCCUAAAUGUGGAACCCAGACUGGACAAUGUGGAGCCUUCCCAAGCUGCAGACAUUGGAGGGCUCUGGGCCACCAUCCGAGGCUCUGGGUUGGAUAAUGUUAACCUGGUGUUAUUUGGAUCUCAGUCUUGUGUCAUUAAUGUUACUACAAGCAACUCACGAAGAAUCCAGUGCAAAGUUCCAUCCAAAGGGGAAGAUGGACCUACUGUGAAUGUGACUGUUAUCUUGGGGGACCAUUCUGUGGUUCUUGCCAUGGCAUUUACAUAUGUCUCCUCUUUAAAUCCAGUAAUCAUGUCUCUCAGCAGAAAUGGAAGCAGCAUAGCAGGAGGUGAGAUCCUUUCCAUUGGAAUGGUGCUGCCAGUGAACCACACAGAUCUGGAUGCUGAAGUCCGCAUUGGGGACACCAGGGCUUGGGUCCAAGCACAGACAGCUCAGGGCCUGAAAGUGGUGCUCCCCCCGCUGCCUGCCGGGCUCCAUGGAAUCUCAGUCUCCAUCAAUGGAGUCCACAUUCACGCACAAGGGGUGGAUCUUCACAUCCAGUACAUCACAGAAGUCUUUAGCAUCCAGCCUUGCUGUGGGUCCAUUGUGGGUGGAACCAUCCUCAGCAUCUCAGGAAGAGGGUUCAGCAGGGACCGAACUUUGCUUUGGGUGCUGGUGGGCAAUCUGUCCUGUGACAUUGUGAACUCAACAGAGACCAACGUCUGGUGUGAGACCCCGCCGCCAGCCGCCCUGCCGCUGAGCGCCCCAGUCCCCGUGGAGGUCUGGGCUGGCAGCAAGCCCUUCCCCCACCAACCUUCGCCUCACCUGGUGGGGAAGGGCUUCACCUUCACAUAUGAGGCGGCAGCAACACCAGUGGUCACUGCCACGCGAGGAGAAGUCACGAAUCACAGCCUGAGGCUCUGUGUGGAGGGACGGAAUCUCUCCGACUCAGUGGUCCUUCUGGGUAACUUGAGCUGUGAUCUCCAGACCCCAUCUCCCGGGAGCAACUUGAGCCUGGCUGGGUGCGCUUUUCCUCUUGACACUUUGGAGGCCGGCCUCUAUCCUCUCCAAAUACACCAGAGGCAGAUGGGGUUUGCUGACAUGUCUGCGGUGCCCCAGCAGUGUGUGGUGACGCCUCAGAUAACCGCCAUUUUCCCAACACGUGGGUCCACUUGUGGAGGGACUGUUCUCACAGUGAGGGGCUUGGCUCUCCACUCCAGCAGGGGGUCAGUGGAGGUUGACCUCUCGGGUCCCUUUACUUGUGUGAUUUUGAGUUUUGGCGACCAGAUAGUUCUCUGCCAGAUUACCCCCAUGGGUGACCCCUUGCCUGGUGCUUCCUUCACCCUGAAUGUCACUGUCCUGGUGAAUGGACUGCCCAGCACGUGUCAGGGGAAUUGCACUCUUUUCUUAGGUGAAGAGACAACUUCUAUUGUGGAUGCUUGGACCACAAACAUCAAUGGGUCUCUGACCACACUGCUGAUUAAGGGUCAGAGGUUAGGUAUCACGGCUGAUGAGUCAUUGGUAUUUGUGGAUGAUUGUCUUGCUUGCACUGUGACUUUCCACAACAGAAGCCACGUGGCGUGUUGGAUAAGUGACUUGUCCCCUGGACUUCAUUACCUAUCUGUUUUUCAUACAAGAUAUGGGUACGCCUGUUCUGGUAACUUUUCCAGACACUUCCAUGUUUUGCCUCAAGUGUUUCAUUAUUUCCCCAAGAAUUUCAGCAUCCAUGGUGGAAGCCUCUUGACCUUGGAGGGCACAGCCUUGAAGGGACUGAACUCCACGUUAGUCUACAUUGGCCAGCAGGCCUGCCUGAUGGUGAGCCUUGGCUCUGAGCUUAUCCAGUGUGCUGUUCCUGCAGGGAAUGGCUCUGCUUCCCUGGACAUAGAGGUAGAUGGACUUUCCCAUAAGGUGGGAGUCAUUGGUUACAGCAGUGCCUUCACACCCGAAUUGCUCUCUGUUUCUCAGACUGAUGAUGUCUUAACCUUUUCGGUAGCUCGGAUCUCAGGAGCUACAAAUGUAGACAUUUUUGUUGGGAUGUCCCCCUGUGUGGGUGUCUCUGGCAACCACACCCUUCUCCACUGUGUGGUCCCAUCCCUUCCGGCCGGGGAGUACCAAGUCAGAGGUUACGACCGCAUGAGAGGGUGGGCCUCGUCUGUCCUGGUGUUCACUUCCAGAGUGACCAUUGCAGCAGUGACCGAGAACUUUGGCCACCUAGGCGGGAGGCUCGUGCAUGUGUUUGGAGCAGGAUUUUCUCCCGGGAACAUCUCAGCUGCCGUGUGUGGUGCUCCCUGCCAAGUCUUGGCUAAUGCGACGGUGUCUGCCUUCAGCUGCUUGGUUCUGCCCCUCGAUGUGUCCUUAGCUUCCCUGUGUGACCUGAGGCCUGAGGAGGAGGACUGCGAGACCUCCAGCUGCAGCUAUGUGCACUGUGAUUUGAUCAUCACGGUGGGGACAGAGAGCUCGCCGGAAUCAUGGCCUUACUUCUACAUCUGUGAAGAAAGUUCCCGAUGCCUCUUGGCACAAGAUCAUUGGACAGAGUCUAUCCUUCCAUCGUUCUCAGGCCUCUUCAUCAGCCCUAAAGUGGAAAGAGAUGAAGUUCUCAUCUAUAAUAGCUCCUGUACCAUUACCAUGGAAACUGAGGCAAAGAUGGAGUGUGAGACGCCUAAUCAGCCAAUUACCGCCAAGAUUACUGAGAUACGGAAAAGCCGGGGCCAGAACACUCAGGGCAACUUUACCUUUCAAUUCUGCCGGAGGUGGUCCAGGGCUCACAGCUGGUUUCCCGAGAGGCCGCCACAAGAGGGCGACAACGUCACAGUGGAGAAGGGCCAGCUGCUUCUGUUGGACACCAACACCAGCAUCCUCAGCUUCCUCCACGUGAAAGGAGGGAAGUUGAUCUUCCUGGACCUGGGACCCAUCGAACUCAGGGCACACUCCAUCCUUGUUUCUGACGGUGGAGAACUCCGGAUUGGAUCAAAGGACAAGCCCUUCCAAGGCGAAGCUCGGAUCAAACUCUAUGGGAGCUCCUACUCUGCCUGCUUCUUCCCAUAUGGAGUCAAGUUCCUGGCUGUGAGGAAUGGGACUCUUUCCCUUCAUGGUUCACUCCCAGAAGUAGUGGUCACCCAUCUUCGAGGAGCUGCCAACGCCCAUGACACAGUGUUGGCUCUGGAAGAUGCUGUCGAUUGGCAUGCUGGGGAUGAAGUCCUUGUCAUCAGUGGGAUGGGUGCUGAAGGUGCCAAGCCUAAGGAAGAGAUUGUCACCGUGGAGACUGCGCACAGUACAAACCUCCAGCUGAGGUCACCCUUGAGAUAUUCUCACAACUCCACAGAGAAUUGGGUGGCUGGAGAGCACCAUGUUUUAAAGGUCAUGCUGGUUCUACUCAGCAGGAGUAUCACCAUACAGGGAAAUCUCACUGAUGAGAGGGUGCAGUUCCUUGCUUCAUGCCAGGGGGCCAGUGCUUCAGAAGGUGAUUUGCAGAACUGUUGGUAUUCCAAGAGUGAGAAGAUGCUGGGAUCCAGGGAUUUGGGGGCCAGAGUCAUCAUUCAGUCCUUUCCGGAGGAGCCCAGCCAGGUCCAGCUGAAGGGAGUGCAGUUCCGGGACUUGGGGCAAGCCUUCCGCGAGCACGUGAGCUCACUGAUGCUGGUAGGAGCUAUGAGAGGUUCCUAUGUGCAGGGUUGCACAGUAUGGCGGUCCUUCAGCAGAGGCCUCAGCGUGUCCCAGGCCUCAGGCCUGGAGGUGGACAGUAAUGUGUUCUAUGAUAUUUCAGGCCAUGCGCUGCUGGUGGACUGGUCAGAACAGGGAAACAUAAUAAGAAACAAUGUGAUCAUUGGUGUUUCUGGAGCCGAGGGACUCUCCAGCCCUGAAGUGGUGACACCCUCUGGUAUCUACAUCCGUGAUCCCACCAAUGUUAUAGAGGGAAACAGGGUGUUUGCUGCUGGUUAUGGCUACUUUUUUCAUCUUGUGGACAACCAAACCUCCCAAGCUCCACUUCUCUCCUUUACACGGAAUAGUGCACAUUCUUGUACAAGGUCUGGUCUCUUUGUUUACCCUAAAUUUCAGCCACCUUGGGAUAAUAGCACUGGCCCCACCCUGUUCCAGAAUUUCAAAGUUUGGGGAAGUGCAGGUGGUGCCCAGAUUUUUAGAAGUAGCAAUCUUCACCUGAAAAACUUCCAGGUUUAUGCAUGCAGAGAUUUUGGAAUUGAUAUCUUGGAAAGUGAUGCAAAUACAUCAAUUACUGACAGCUUACUACUUGGUCAUUUUGCCCACAUG